GGCCGCCGCUCAGUAUUCUCCGCGGCGUCGUUCUUGACGUUUGUGAUUUGCGGUUCUGACCUCUCUCCGUCAGUGACCGACCUCUGGCACCCGGUCGCUUAUGACAUUCGAAAACCCCGCCCCGAGCAUUUUUCCGAAUUACGAUCCGAUCAGUGAGGAGAGUUCGGCGGCGGUUCCUGGUCGGUGGUCCCACUCGCGUUUAUUUAUGUUGUCGUUUUGGUGUGGUGAAUAUUUGUGCCGUACGGACGAUAACCGGAUUAUCUGUGCGUCCGAGGUGGUGCAAAUUUACACUCAGCGGCAACUUUUCUCCCAAGUUUGACAAGCGAGAAGCAGGUUCGCGAUCGCAACGGAUGCGUCGCGGGCGAGCGAUGCGCUGCUGAACAACGCAAUGGUAGGCGUGGGCGUAGCGGAGGGCGGCGGGGACGGCUACUACGGCGAGUACUACCCCCCUGAGCAGUACUACAUGCCGGAGAUGUGCCCUCACCCUCAGCACCCACAGCAUGCGCAUAUGGCGUGCACUGUUCACGCUGAGUAUGGUGGAAUGCCGGUGGUAACGUCAGCAACAAUGAUGCCGCCUCUUUUACCACCGGUGAUGGACGAGAAUAUGAGACAUUACCUGGUGCCGCAUCCUCAUGCACAGCCGCACCCACACCACGCGGCGCACCACCAGCCGCCGCACCACCAACCACCCCAUCACCAACCGCCCCCUCAUCAUCAACCACCGCAUCAUUUUGGACCAACAAAUGGUGCUGCGGGUCCCCAACACUUUUAUGGAGGUGGCUAUCCGACUCACUUCCAUCAUGUUCCACCCCACCACAUGCAGCACUCACCACCACCUCCGGUAUACCACAAGGAUGAAAGAACUCAGCGGCAAUACUCUAAACUCAAACAAAAGCUGGAACGCAAACACGUUAAUAGGAAUAAUGGAAUAGAAGUAAAUUCUGGUGCGAGCACGCCGUCAUUAUCACCAAGGAAAGAGUCAAAUGGUCGCGGUGGUAGUGGGAGUGGUGGAGCGUCGUCUGGCGCUUGGUCUGAGGGCGAGGGGUCAUCAGCUGGCGCCUCAAUCCAGGGUGAUGAUGAGAAUGAUACACAGGCACUGCUAGAUCUUGUGUCUGCUACCCGAACACCGCAAGUUAGUGACGUGACUCCAACAAGUGCUCUCGUGCAAUGGAAUUCCCCUCUACCAGAAGGUGUCACUCUCCCAAAUGUGGACCUCACUUACGACCUCCUGCUUGGAGACCGGGGACGGUAUAAAGCUAUAUACAGUGGUUCAUCGCUAUCGUGUCGCGUAAGAGACUUGAGACCCGGAUGCGAAUACUCAGUGUGUCUGCAAAUCCGUGCGGGUGAGUUGACGGGUGCGGCGAGUGAAGCGGCCACAUUCCGCGCUCCACCGGCCCCGCCCGAACGACUGCCGGCGGCGCGCGUUACACAGAGAGCACGAACAUCGCUGUUGUUACGCUGGCCCUCCGCCACCGACAACGGAGCGCGAGUCACACACUACCUGCUGGAGAUGGACGCCGGGGAGGGCUUCGUGGAGCUCACCAGGCCCCGCACGAGACAACACACCGUCAAUAAUUUGCAACCUCAGACGCGUUACCGAUUCCGGAUCGCGGCCGUCAACGAGUGCGGCCGCGGGGAAUGGAGUGAAGAGACCGUUGUUUGGACUACGGGGUCUCCGCCGCCUGCUCCCGGCCCACCGACGCUGGUUACCGCCUCGCCGACGUCAUUAACCCUGACGUGGCAACGCCGGGCGGAGGAGGAGUUCGUCCUGCAGAUGGACGAUGUAUCACGAGGACACGGAUUCCUACCCGUUUACAGCGGGUCGGACUGCACUUACGUGUGUGACGGACUCAGGCGAGCGACCGAUUAUAGAUUUCGUUUGAGGAGCGAAACCGUCGACGGUCAAGGACCGUGGUCUGUGGAGGUCACCUACACCACGCCGCCCGAGCGACCCUGUCCGCCGAGCAGACCCACACCCCGCGGGAAGAUACACUCUCGCGCGAUACGGUUGAGGUGGGAUCCUCCCACCGAUAACGGCGGAGCCGCCGUGGACACUUACACUUUAGAAAUUGACGGUGGAGAGGGUUACAGCCUCGCUUAUCAAGGACCCGAACGUGAGGCCCACUGUGAUCGCCUCCUACCAGGAACACAGUACCACGCGCGAGUCAGAUGCUCGAACGUGGCAGGCAUGAGCGACUGGUCAGCUAGCGAGACAGUUACCACAGAGGCGACCUGUCCCAGCGCGUGUCCCGCGCCGGAGACCAGCGGAGCCAGCCGCGCCACGCAAGCCACCGUGCGUUGGAAGGCGCCCGAAUGCACUGGAGGGUCUCCACUUACAGAAUAUCGCCUCGAACUGGCUGAUACUGACGGUCUGGUACGUUUAGUACACGUGGGCCCUGAAUCUGAAUGUGUCGUUCGGGAUUUACUUCCCGGCCGAGAAUACCGAGCGUGGGUGACAGCAUGCAAUAGGGUCGGUGCCGGGCCUCCAUCCCCAGCUUUGAGGUUCACCACACAGCCCGCACCUCCCGACGCGCCCGAACCUCCUGUCGUUCAUAUAGAGAGCCCCCGGACGGCUCUGGUCGAGUGGACCGCUCCCGCUAACAAUGGCGCUCCUAUUAUCGAUUUCCGUCUCGAAAUGAGUGCGAACAACGUAGACUGCGCCUUCGCCGAGGUAUAUCGCGGACUGGACACCGUCUGUUCGAUAGGGAAACUGACUCCUUUCACGCCCUACUUCUUUAGGGUGAGAGCUACGAAUUCGGCCGGAAGAGGCCCGCGCUCGGCGGCCAGCACCGCUCUCACUCCUCGUGCUGUUCCCGCGGCGCCCACGGGGCUUCGACACGAAGGAACCUGUGAUUCUCUGAAACUACACUGGCGAGUACCGGCAAAUCACGGAGCGGACAUUCUUAAAUAUCGCGUGGAAGUAGACGACACCGCCUUCGAUACAGAUGGACCCACUCCAGAGAGGCUCGUGGAGGGACUCGAGCCAGACACCGUGUAUCGAGUGAGAGUGGCGGCGGUCAACGAACUUGGACCCGGAGAUUGGUCGGAAGAGGCGCUCGCCUCUACCCGACCGCGACCACCAGCGCCGCCCGUAGUGAAGUUCGCUCAGGCCGCGCACAAUCACCUCCGACUGGAGUGGGCCGGUCGGGAGGGGACACAGUACUGCGUGGAGAUGCGCGCGCCUGACGCCCGGGAGUUCCGUCCGGUGUACCGCGGUUACGCACAUUCCUGUAAGGUGAAGAAGUUGCGCGAAGCGACGACCUACACGUUCCGGAUACGAGCCAGCGACGAGCGGGGCGGGCGCGGCGUGUGGUCGUCGCCGCUGACCGCUCGCACUGCGUCCGCGCCCCCCGCCGAGCCCUCCGCACCCACCGUCACGCUGGUGACACCGCGGGCCGCGCUCGUCGCUUGGGACCCGGUCGACGACGCCGACUACGUGCUGCAGAGCGCGCGCGGCAAGGACGCUGUCUUUAAAGAGGUUUACACAGGCGACGCGUCGCAGUUCCAAAUGGAGGAGUUGGAGUACGGCGUGGAGUACCAGGUGCGGGUGUGCGCGACCCGCGGCGGGCUGUCCAGCUCGUGGUCGCCGUGCUCUAAGGUGGUGGUGCCACCGCCGGUGUCGGGUCGGCCGCGUCGUGUUCGUCCGUCCCGGCCGCUGUCCGCGAGUCACGCGGCGCUGAUGAUGGCGGCCGGCUUCUUGCUGGUGGCGGUCUUGGUGGCUGUCUUCCUUCAGAGCCUGGUGGAGCCUCGCCCGUGACGCGCGCUGGCGGCGGCCCGCCCUCGCGCGCUGUCCCGCCUGUAGUGCGCCUCGACCCUGUUUCCUGUAGUCGUGCGUCGAACCUGUCUCUCCCGUGUCCGAGGCCGUAUUCUACCGAGCUUAUCGUCUUCCGGGGAUCGCGUCCGCGACCCGGAUUCCCGUCUGUCAGUAUGACCGUUUUGUAUACCCUCUGCUUUCGUUGUGAUCCACAUAGGAUGUGAGGUACGUAAUAUAUUUAUAUGUAUAUAGUAGAUAAUAUGAUUCGGAAACGAUCGCCAGCCGCCGUUAUGUGAUGACGGACGGCAUUCUAUAACCGGUGUCUAUAUUGAUAAUGUUUCUCAUCGUUCUUGUAACGUAACGGACGGCUACCUUGCGGCCUAUUUAAUUUUCGAUUAUUUUAUUUAAUAUAUUUUUUAAACAUUUAAUAUAAUGAUAGCUGCCAUUCUGAGAGGAAAAUGUGUUUUAGGAAGUGUUACAAACUUGUGAAUAAACGUGUAAUGUAAAUCUUCUGAGAUCUUCUAGUCUGUUCUGUUGACUUUCAUUUCUUUAAUUGAAUUAAUGAAUAUAAUGUGAUUUAAUGAUCAGUGAACUACAUCACCUUAACCAUACCAAGUGUACUUCCUAUACAUUCUAGCGAUUCUUAUUUUCGUAUGCUUUUAUGCAUUUUGUAAAUCUAUUUUAAAAUAUAAAUUAAACGUUCUGUUGCAUGUUUUUUGUCAUAUUUAAGUAUAGCAAGUUAGCAAUCAAGGUGCUCUAAUAUUAAUAUUCAGUUGAGAGGGACAUGGCCCCUCGCUCUGCAACGAGUUUCCAGUGUGUGUGCUGUGAUCACUUCCUUAUGCGAAUGAGACUGAUUUUAAAAUUUAAUGAUUUUAUUAAACGCUGUCUAUGAUUGAUUUUUAAAGCUGUUUUGACAAUUUUGUAAGAUAUCAUCAUGAACCUAUACGUAGAGGGAUGCCAGAUGUCGCCCUCAGACGACGCCAUUUUGUAUACUCCUAGUGCUGUCAUUUGAUGUAUGGUGUACCUUCCGGUUUUAUUAAAUGUAGUGAUUUAAUUCGUUUUUAUUAUAAUAGAACAUGACUUUUAAUUGAUGACAUAACGUAAUAUGUAAUGAAUUGUUUAUAAAUUAAGAGAUUAUAAAUUUAUUGAGAUUGUUACCACCCCAUGUAUCGAUAAGGAACCGUGUUCCAAAAAUAAAAAUAAAAAAAAAUAUAUAGUAACAUCCCAAAUCGGUGUUUGUUAUUUUAAUUAAUCAAUAUAUUAGGGAAAUUUUUAACUGAUAACUUUCUAAUUAUAUUUUAUACAUAAAUUAAUUUCCUAUAGAUAAUAGAAGUAUCUUUUUUCAUUGUAUUACAUACGAAUUAUAGUAAAGUGCAUAUGGGAUUAUAUUGAUGUCUAAGUGUCAUUAUUCACUAUAAAUGUUGUGAAAUGAUGUCAUAUAUAAUUGUAAUUUAAUUGAAUGUUAUUAUUACAUAGGCCCUAACGCAUUCAAUGUUGCCAGCUCGAACCGUCGAUGUAAUUCAUGUGUUGACAUUGACAUAUGUCUUACGUAGCACGAAUUUAAGCUUAAAUGUCGUAAUUAGUAAUAAUAUUCUGUGAUCAUCUUGUCCUCUUCCUUUCUAUGAAUAUAUAAUAUAUAGAAGUUGUCUGAAACAUUCCUAGUUUUUGUUUACCGUCUCCCGGCAUUAUGGCUGAUGUAUUAAUUUGUGCCAAUGUGAAUAUUUAUCACUGUAAGCACAGCUUACUCUAUGAUAUACUAAAUGAAUGGUUAAUUUUCGAAAAAUUUUAUAAUAAUAUUGUGCAAUUUGUCAAUUUAUUUAUUUUAUCUCUUAAUAUAAUAUUUAGUGGUUUUUUUUAGAUAUAUAAUUAUAUUCUAUAUAAACGAUAGCUCGAUGUUAAUUGAAGGAAUCGAUGUUCCUAUGUCGUAUGGUGAACCAAUCGAAACAAUUGUACUACAGACUUGCAUUCCAACUAUGUAUUCCACUUUGUAAAUAGGCCUAAUGAACGCUAUGAAUUGAUGUACAUGUCGCUUUAAUGUGGGAAUGUAAAUAGACGCAGUGUUCAUAAGCUCCAAGGGGCUGGCACUAAACUGUAUGCCGAUAACACUGUGUUGACACUAAACACAUUUUUUUUUUUAAUUAAUACAUAUUAAUGGAGAUAGCAUCUCAUAUUGUAUUUGUUUGAACUAGUAACUUAUAACGAAAUGUAUAUGUUUAUAAUAUAAUAUUUGAUGAUGUUAUGUAUACAAUUUAUUAAACAUGGAUAUAUCAAUAAAAUUAUAUUUUGUGUA